CAGUAGACGUGACGCAUCAUGUGGGGACUAGACAGAAUAUCGCAGUACUCGACGCCCACGGGCACGCCUCCUCCGCGCCGUGACUCAUACUCGCCAGCUCCUCGAAGGGGUUAUCCAGGGCCGGGCCCUUUACCCAUGAGACCGGGCCUGCAGCCUCGAACGUCGUCAUUGUCUCUCGUGUCGCCAGGAGCUUCGAAUGUGAGCUUACCAUUGACGGCUCGUGGGCCGAAUGGAGCACCACUGCGUCGCCGUCCAACAGGAGGUAUUUCACCGAAUGUUCCAGACCCAGUACACGUGCUGGCGAACAUCAUGGGAGGACCACCGCGGAAGCCGCUUGGUCCCACCAGCAACCGUGAAGCUGAGCAACCUAAGCCAGAUGAGGUGAAUGCGGACAUCGAUUUUGGGGAGCUUAGCCUCCAGGACUUCGCCGAGGCCGAUGUGCCCGAGCGGCGGCAGAGCACGUCUGUACAUACAUAUAGCGCACAAUCAGUCGAAGAAUACGACAAGGAGAAAGACAAGUUCGAGGACCUGCACAAGUCAAUCAUAGCGUGUGACGAGGUGCUGAAAUCCGUGGAAACAUACCUCACGAACUUCCAGGCAGACCUUGAAGCAGUCUCCGCGGAGAUAGAGUCUCUGCAGAACCGUUCGGUAGCCUUGAACACCAAGCUCGAGAAUCGAACGACCGUGGAGAAGCUGCUAGGUCCCGCAGUCGAAGAUAUCAGCAUAUCGCCAGCAGUCGUGCGCAAGAUUGCAGAGGGUCCGGUCGACGAAGGCUUCGUGCGCGCCUUGUGCGAGAUUGAGAAACGCUCGAAGAUCAUCAACGCCAAGGUUAAAGAACAGCCAGACUUGGGUGCCCUGUCUGACAUAAAACCACUUCUCGACAAUCUUACCAACCGCGCUGUCGAACGGAUACGAGACUACAUCGUUGCUCAGAUCAAAGCCAUUCGCUCACCAUCGAUCAAUGCACAGAUUAUACAACAACAAGCUUUCUUCAAGUAUAAGGAUCUGUACGCUUUCCUCGCGAGACAUCAAUUGGAACUGGCCCAACAAAUCAGCCAGGCCUAUAUUUAUACAAUGCGCUGGUACUACCUGAACAACUUCACACGAUACCGCACGUCUCUGGAGAAGCUGAAGAUUCAUGCUUUGGACAAGUACGACGUUCUAGGUGAAGAUCCCAACGCGAAGCGGGGCGGCACUUUACUUGGGCAAUCACGCAAUGCGCCGGCCGCCUACGAUGCGUUCUCACUCGGGCGGCGUCGAGAUGCAUUGAAAGGCUCCUCCACCAACGCUCUCACAUCACAUGUUCUGGAAGAAGAGAAGUCCUCACAUUAUCUCGAGGUGCCCUUUCGAAGUUUCAACCGCGCCUUGGUCGACAAUGCGUCAUACGAGUACACAUUCCUGUCGACAUAUUUCGCACCAUCACAAAACUUCCAUGCAAUCUCCCGGACAUUCGCCGCAAUCUUCGAGCCUACGUUGGCGAUGAGCCAGACAUUGACGAAGCAACUUAUCGAAACGACGACAGACACGUUGGGCAUACUCUUGUGCGUACGGCUGAACCAGCGCUUUGCGUUCGAGCUGCAACGGAGGAAGGUGCCAUCUCUAGACGGGUACAUCAACGCCACGAACAUGCUUUUAUGGCCACGCUUCCAGCAGAUACUCGAUCUGCACUGCACCUCACUGCAGAAGCUGACCAGCUCCUUGCCAAACCGACCAAGCACAGGUGCAGCACUGCUUGGUGGAAGCUCCGCGAAUGCGAACACGACCGCGCCAACGCCGCUUACACAGCGAUUCGCAAACUUGUUGCACGGCAUACUGGCGCUGUCGUCACAAGCCGGUGACGAUGGGCCGGUGGGUGUGUCGGUUGGCAGGUUGAGGAGCGAGUACGAGGCAUAUCUUAACAAGUUCAGCAAAGCUGUCAGCGAUGCGAGGAAGAAGGAGAGGUUUCUGUGUAAUAAUUACAGUCUUGUGUGUACCAUAUUGGCAGACGUAGAAGGCAGGCUUGGGGAAGAGACCAGGACGCACUUUGAGAAGCUGCGAGAUGCGCAUGACAAGUGAGCGCGAUCGACGCUUCUUGCUAUAGAGCAUUUCAAUCUGGCCGUUCAUAGACUACAACAAACUGUUCAGACAUUG